AUGUUCGGCGUGUCGAUGGGAUCGCUCGAGCUGCGGGCUCGGACGGCGGAAGGCGAGGCGUGGGCCACCCUCUGGCGCGCCGACGGGCAGAGCGCCGGCGGAUCCACCGCAGACGCGUGGCGGAGGGCCCUCGUGCCGCUGACGCCGCCGAUGCGCCGCACCGGCGGAGCGAGCCUGCGCUUCGUCGGGACCGUGGGCGAUGGCUACCUCUCCGACAUUUCGAUCGACGACCUCGAGUUUGAGAAGUGCGCGGCGCCGCCGCCACCUCCCCCGCCGCUCGUCUGCAACGGCUUUUGCCACGCCACCGCCCCAGGGGCGGCUUGCGCCUCGCGAAAGUGCGCCGGGUGCGCCUUUUGCCGUGAGGCCACGCCCCAGCUGGCGGCGGCGGCGGCGCGCUCGCCACGGUCACGCGGCGGCGCCUCCGCCGGCCAAUCGGCGCCGCGCGCGUGCUGCUCCUUUGACAAGUGCGGCAGCUGUCCCGAGUCGCCCUACUGCUCUUCUGGGGCGCGGUGCGAGAUUGAGUGCGGCGGAAUGUGGUGCGAGCUCGGCGUGGCGGGGGCGGGAGCGCGCCAGAGCAGCUGA